AUGGCAGAAUUUAGCACUGGGGAUCGAAGGAGAAAGCCAAAAGGUGACAGGCGAUCAACAGAGAUUUCUCUUGUUAUUCGACAAACAAUGGAGGCAAGCAUAUUAACACAUUUAAUGCCACACUCACAGAUUGACAUAUUUGUCCAAGUUCUUCAAGCUGAUGGUGAUCUGAAUUACAUAGAAGACAGUGCUGGAGGUGUGGAUGUCACCGUUGACAUUCUUGCAAAGAUGGACAAAGUGACUCUUCUGCAGAUGGACGCGAAACUACCAAUGGACACAUUCGAGACUGUCAUGGACCUUGCAACUGAAGGGUGCAAAGCGAUCGCAACCUACAUCCGGGAGGUGCUAUUGGAGAACACGAAGCAGCUGGAGUGUCAGCGAGGCUAG